GUAUUCAUACAGCUUGCAGUAAAGUCUUGUCUGCAAUCCCUAGAUAAUGAUUUUGUGUUCAUAAUAGUAAACCCUAACUAGUAGAAGCAAUGGACAGCAGGUAAGGUUCACAGUAGCUCAGGGAGUCUUUGUUUUAAACAUCUGGAGAUAGAAAAAAGAGACAUGAGAAUACCUCUCCUACAAACACAUAUGGCAGCUGUUCUUAUCUAAGCUUACUGCGGAUAUCAACACAACUUUAAAGUGUUAAAGGAUCCCAGCAUGAGCUAAUAGAUUUACAUACUGGUUUUGGAGUAGCAUCAGCUUUUUCCAUUCUGAGACCAGAUACAACUCAGUUGUAAAGUUACAAUUUGAAUUCUCUUAACAAGGAGUGCAUCAGGUUACCAAGCUUUGCCAGUAUGGUGUAUAAUUCACAAAAGGGUCUUAAACAGUUGGACAAAAUUACACCCUUUUGCCAAUUUGGUUUGUCUCCUUUAAGCUCUUAAAAGUCUCAAGUGUUUUCAAUUAAUGAGUAGCUCUCCGAAAGUCAGAGCAAGUAUUUGACUUACAUGUUCCAUGCGACUGCUCCCUGAUUGCAACUAAUUGCGGCUUUUAAUCUCUUUAAGGACCCCGAAUUACACGUGGUUUUUUUCAGCAGUUUCCUGUCUGAUACCUGCUGUAGGCUGUGACAGCAGAACAGAGCAAACUGCACGGCGCUGCGGCUGCCAGAGGAACCUUGAACCAUGAGAUCAAAAUAAAAUAAACCCUAACUUUAAACGGCACAUCCCUUCCCCCGUGCUACACGACCCGUGGUUUUGGCUGGGUGCGCCCCGAGCCGGGCCAGCGAGAAGCCGGCGGAGGUCCAGCAUCUCCCGGCCGAGCCGGCGGGACCCGGGGCCGGGAGCGUCCCGCGGGACCCGGGCCGGCCGCCCUUCCCCAGCAAGGGCCUCCCGAGCUCCUGCAUCCUUUCCAGUGCCUUUCUUUCGCUUAAGGUCAGAAGACUUUAAACUUCCUGACUCCGACGGGACGGGAGGGGUACCCCCAGGCGGAGCGGGGUGGGAACCGGGGAAGGCAGGCGCUGCUGGCCCCGCUCCGCCCGGCCCGGCCCGGCCGGCUCUUGUCUCGGCGGGGAGGAGCCAGCCCGGGGCAGGCUGUAGCAGCAAGGGCUGGCCGGCCGCCAGGAAGUGUAAAAUCCUGGCCGGUGGGUGGCAAAUUUCGCCAGAUCGCGGCGAGGAGGCAGAGCGUCCGUCCGUCCCUCCGUCCGUCCGUGCGGGCGCGGGGAGCGGCAGCCCAGCAGCCCGGCCCGGGACUGCUUCAGUUCCUUCAUGAUGCAGCUCAUGUCACAGCCCGACACAGCAGGGAAUUGCUAGUCCAGGGCUGACUGGUUUUGACUGAGUCCUUGGGCUUGAAUUCUCAUGGACUUUGCUAAGAUCAAUGCUUGAACCUUUGAGAGAAGAGCCUUUCUGAUGGUCCUGCUCCGCUCCACCUGACCCUAUGAAAGGAGGGUUCACCAUAGCUCUGUCCUUUGCACUCCAGUUCCACAAGAUGGGCUCGUUCAGAAGGCCUCGACCUCGCUUCAUGAGCUCCCCUGUCCUCAGUGAUCUGCCUCGGUUCCAGGCAGCCCGGCAGGCCAUGCAGCUCAGCUCCAACUCUGCCUGGAACAGUGUACAAACAGCAGUGAUAAAUGUGUUCAAAGGGGGAGGUUUGCAGAACAAUGAACUUUACACCCUCAAUGAAAAUAUCAGACGGCUGCUGAAGAGUGAACUUGGAUCCUUCAUCACAGAUUACUUUCAGAACCAGCUCCUUGCGAAAGGCUUGCUGUUUAUGGAGGAGAAGGUCAAGCUGUGUGAAGGUGAGGAUCGCAUUGAUGUCCUGUCUGAGAUCUGGGAUCACUAUUUUACAGAGACUCUUCCUACACUCCAGGCAAUAUUCUACCCAGUCCAGGGUCAGGAGUUGACUAUCCGUCAGAUUGCUCUCCUUGGCUUCAGAGACUUGGUCUUGCUAAAAGUGAAGUUGGAAGAAAUCCUUCCCCUGGUCCAGACAAGGGUUCCAGCUUCCAUUGUCCAGAUGCUGUUAAUUCUGCAGAGUGUCCAUGAGCCUACUGGCCCUACUGAGGGCUACCUACAGCUGGAAGAACUGGUCAAGCAGGUGGUAUCGCCAUUCUUAGGUUUGUGUGAGGAUCACAGCUCCUCUGGUAGCACCUGCUUGCUUGAGAGACGGUACUCCAGAUCCUGCCCGAAGGCCCUGACCCCGCUGACAGAGCAGGAGGGCGAGGCUUACCUGGAGAAAUGUGGGAGCGUCCGUCGGCACACGGUGGCCAACGCUCACUCGGAUAUCCAGCUCCUGGCCAUGGCCUCCAUGAUGCACACGGGAAUGGUGGCGGAGGAAUCGGACACUUCUGACCAAUGCCUGCUGCUGCAGCCCAGCUGCUUCGGCCACAGGCAGUGCUCCAGUGAGCCCAGCAUUGCCGACGGCCCCGAGGGAGCUGUGCCUGCAGCCAGUAGGCAGGAGCCUGCCCAGCUGAACUGCACCUCUGUCAGCUAGGAGGAGGCUGGCUGAGCAGUGGAGAACUGUAUGCGCCAAGCUGGACAAAGUGGUGUGUCAUCCCUGCUGGGAAAAAAAGAGAAAAAUAGGAAUUUUGCUCAUGUCAUUGAAAUGGGCUCGAGGGUUCAUAUGGCUGAGGAUGCUAUCUAGAUAGGUUCUUUUGCCAGCCUGAGAUCAUUGUUGAUGGAGGUACCAGGCUGCUCCCAAAUGACCACUGAGGGCUGCAAAGGUUUUGCUGUUGAACAGCACAGUCUGCCUUCUGUAAGUUUUCUCUCUCUAUUAUUAUAAACUUUUUGGCGUCAGGUUUCCUUCUUUUUCUUUGGUAUGAUACAAAUUGAGUUCUUUCUGCUUUUCUCCAUCUUUCCCAAAAAAGUGCUUCUUCUUUGUUCUUUGUCCCUGCAGUGCAGGCCUCUGUGCUCAGUGUUCUUUUGCUUCUGGUGCUUUGUAGUGAGUGCUGAGCACCUAAUUUCUCUUUUAACGAUGAGCUCAGGGAUGAAGCCGUUUGCAUCCUGCAGAAAGAUCUGCUGAGGUGGCUUGUGAGAGGAGGAGAUCCUUCAUUUUGCUUCCCAUGGGCAUGGAUGAAAAGUCCAAAUCAGAAUUGAUCAGAUUUACUUUUUUCCCAGGCCCGAAGAGAACCGAGUAUAUGUGGAGUGUGAGCUGAGUACUUCAUAUGUACUUUAUUUGAUUCCGGUCAUAUCUUGGGGAUUCUGGUAUAAAUUGGGUACAUAGGAUGGCUGGGGUGUGUAAAUUGGGUGCAAAUGUACUGAGCAUCCUGGCACUGGGCAUCAAUUUGCUCUCAAAAUGUCAGUGUUGAUAGGGCUAUGAUGAAAGAGAAAAUCAAAUGGAUAGGAGAUGCUGCACUUGUGUGGGAGAUGUAAAGGUGCUUCUCAGCACUGGGCCAUCGUUACUCCAGAUCGGGAGGUGAUGAUCAGUAUUUCAUCCUGGGCCUUCCCUGGUACUUUUAGCACUCAUGGAUUUCAUGAGACUGAGGACAGUCAGCAGGGUGUGGAAAGGAGUCGUGGCUCAGUGUAUUCAUGAAGUGCUCCUGACCUCCAGUGGUAUCUGACUCAGUGCAGUAUUGCUUUUAAGAUAAAGUGAGGGCUCUUUGCAGUCUUUGGUUUUGUUUUUAUUGUAAAGAUUAGGAGUGGGUCUGGUUUGCAGGUGUCUGUGUCAGGCACUGCAGCCCGCAGCGUCUGCUUUGUAGCAUCGCUUGGUGCUCCAGUGCUGCUUCUGUGGGGACAGAGCCAGUCUGAGCUGUCCCUGGGGUACUCUGCUGAUGUCUUGCUAAGCAGAUUUGCAAGUGUUAUUAUAGGCUUAGAGGUGAACUGCAGUGCUGUCUUAAAUGUCAAAUCCCAUUAAAAAUAUGGACACUUGAAUCUACUCCAAGUGGUACUUGGUAAAUAAGUGUAUCUUGACAAGGAAGCAGAAGGUUAGGAUGAGCCUUUGGGAUGUUUUUUGAAUGCUAUGACAUUAACUGCAGAAUUUUCCCUGCUUCUCUUGGGCAUUAAACAUCUUCUCCAUUGGCUUCACUGGAGUACAGCUCUGACCUGCCAGGAUUUGGCAUUAGUAGCACAUGCAGCAAAAGGAGAGCUGGAUGGCAACAAAGCAUCAGAAAUACCAGCUAUGAGCACAAGCCAUGCUGCCUUGAUAAAUGAGGGUGUUGCUUUGUCUGCUGUGGUUUGCAGUGGUGAGACAGGUACUUGGAAGAGCCUCCUUUUCCCUUCUGUCACUGGAGCUCUUGGCCCUUGGGGAAAGGCCGAGUGUUUGGAUCACCAGCUGUGCUUUCCAUGUCAGGAGAAGAGGUUCAGUUGUGCUGGCUGCCUCCUCCUCCUCCUCAGAGCACCCACAGUCCAGCAGAGGCCAGGAAGAUGUGCCUUUAAGCAGCAUUCCCUUCAGGUGGAUUGUAGGAUAAAUUGCUCUCUUGUUCAUAAAUUGGACUGACCAGGCCAACUUACUGCCAUGUGCCCCAGGGCAGCCAUGAGUUGUGGUGGAGUUUCAGAAUCUCUGUGGUGGCAGCCACAGCAUGCUGGACUCACCUUGGCACAGUCCCUCCAGCGUGGGGCAGAUGAUGGUGUCCUGCUCACAGUUAAUUUCUUUGGCCCCUUCCUGUGAUUUAAAGUCUUCUCUUAGUCACACCGAGGUGUGUGGGAAGUGGUUACCCUGCAGCAUUUCAGUUCACUCUUAUGAAUGCUUUUCUUUCUGUUUCUCCUGUAACCCAUUUGCAUUCUGUAAAUACCCAAACCAUUUUGAUUACAGAGUAGCAGCCUCUUUUAUGGUGAAAACUAGAAUGAUAUAUUUAUUUCCGGACAUAUUCUUGGAUCAUCUCUAGGGCUAAUAGGAAUUAGUCCUGGUUUUAACUUGAAUUUCUUUUGUUUUACACAUAUGUAUGAUUUUAAUUAUUUUGGUUUUGUAUCUGUUACGUUGCAAAAAUUUGCACCAAGCCCUCUGAAUCAUGCACUUGCCCCAUUGUUUUGUUUUUACGGAGAAUUAAAGCUGGUGGCUUUACUUUGUGAACUGAAGUAAACACAACCUGUUCUGUGAACCA